GCCAACUAAACAAAAACUAUUUAAGUACUUCAUUGUUACAUUAACAUUUCUCAAUAGGACCAAUUUUUCUUCUCUUAAUUUUUUCAUCUUUCUUCCAUCAUAUUAAUUACGCCCAGUUCAAUAGAUCUGAGAGUUUCUUUUUGUAAAAGUUAAUUAAUUUAGCUUAGCCAUGUUUAGAGCACUGAGCACACGAAGAGAUUAUAGCGGAUAUGAUGAAUUGAUUAAAGAGGAGGCACCAUCAGUUCCACUAGUAGAACCAAAAUUGAACAGAAACAGAAGCGUUCCAGCAGCUAAAUUUUUUAGUCCAUCCAGAAAGGUGAUGACGCCGGAGCAGAAUUUUCCGAUGAGUCCUCAAGUGAAUAAGGAAGCCAAAAAAGCGAGCAAAAUUCACCCGAUAUUCAGUCUAUUCGAAACGAAGAAGAAGAAGAAGGCAACUGCUAGGCCCGAAUUCUCGAGAUACAUUCAGUAUGUUAGAGAGGGAGGUUUUGGUGAUGUUUUGCAGACUUCUUCAGUUCCUCCAACUUCACCACGGCGGUGAAUUGAUUCAAACAAAUUCGGUAAUUAUGAUGAGACAGCUUGAUUUUUUUAUUUUCUGGUACAGAAGAUCUCGUCGAUAACAUUUAAUAAAUAAUAAUAAUUCAUAUCAUCAUGUGAUUUUAGAGAUCCUUAAAAUUUGGAGUUGAUAUAAAUGAUCAUGAUGAUAUAUACUCUUGUCAAGUUAUCAUUAAAUUGUUGUUACAGAUUAAGAAGAUCCUUGAAUUCUUUCUUUCUCUUAAUUAGUAUCUUUUCGAGAGAUUCGGAUAAA